AUGAGCUACCCAUCGUCCACUGAGCAUCUUGAAUGCCAGGCACUAAGCUCACUAUCGCCAGAAUCAAGCAUAUCUGCAGUCGGGCAGCCGUACACGCAGACUUCCGUUGUGACGUCCUCCGUCUCGUCGCCGUCCACGUACGAGUCGCAGCCGAAGACACCGAAGAAGCGCAAGCUACGCACGCCAGAGACCUGGAAGCACUUCCGUCUUCCCCAGGCAGACGAGGAGACACACCAGAGUAGCCAGAGACUCUGGUAUUGUCAGAAAUGCUGUAACCCAUCAUGGCGAACGGUCUCGACCACGAGCGCGAAACGACACAUGCGGAAUACACACGCAGUCCCUGGAAGUGGCAUUCAUGCAUGCGGAGCAGAAGAGCCGGGAGAUUGCGACUCGCAGCGAGGAAUCUAUACUGAGGAAUACGAUCCAACUGGAUGCAUUUUAUGA